AUGAGUUCUGCAACACAAUCCAGUAUCUUUUACGAUCCUGAGGCAAGAUUUAUUCAACUCCCAAGGAGAGGACAUAAUAACACCCUAUGGACUGAAGAGGACAAGCGUUUCCAUGGUAUUUUUGAGAGGGCUGAGUUUCUUUCCACGAAAUUUGCGUACCGGAAGACAAUGAAAGCCAUGGGGAUUGCAGAAGGGGUUGACACCCUGCUUGAAUCUAUGCAACUUGGUAAACUGGCCCACAUGGACUACAAUGUCUACCCCCACCUGUGCAGAGAUUUCCUCUCAACCAUCAACCUAAUUGAAGUUAAUGGAUUGAUGUGGCUGGAAUUCCUACUUGGAGACAGGAAGUAUCAAAUCUCAAUGAUGACCUUCUGCAAUAAAUACAGCUUCCCAGAUAGAGACUUCGAGCCACAGCCUCACUUCAGUCAGUCCUCUAACGUAUGGCGAAACAUUACCUUGCCUAUUGAGUAUGUGGAAGGAGAAUCUAGGCUCUCCAUGGUUAAGAACCCGACAGUUCGCUAUGUACUAAAUCUUCUCGUAACAACUUACUUUGGGCGGUAUGACUGCAGUUUCCCCACCACCAGAGAACUACUACUCCUCUACAACGCCGUGAGAGUGGCCCCGGAACACCAGGUCUUAGAAUUCUACCCUGCACCAAACCCUGGCUCCAUCUUUCUAAGGAAACUCAUCCAGACCAAAUUUGAUUGGGAUAUUCCGGAUGCCACCCCUGAGAUCUAUGGAGGUGCUUUCCUUACUUCAUUGUUCCAAGAGUUUCCACAAUCCCUGCUCCAUCAGUUCAUCAACAACGACUACAACAUGCGCGUACUCCCACUCCUUCAUCCAAUCGCCGGCAGCACUGAAAGAUACAACAACUUGCAUAUGGAUAUUGACGGUGCAUACUUUUUCACUCCUCCCCUCGGAUUCAACACAAUUCCACAAUACAACUAA